AUGUCGGAUUUAGAAAUAACUGAUAUGCAGGCGUUUCAAGAGAUUCGUGAGAAACUCUUCAAUUUAAAUAGAAACUUGAAUAACAUCAGACAAAAGAUACAGGUAUCCGAUAAAGAUAGACAAAGAUGUGUUAUUACAUUGAAGGAGCUAGAGACACUCCCACCAAAUACAAAAACAUACAAAUCUGUUGGUAAAAUGUUUUUAGUUGCACCAAAAGAUACAUUGAAAAAAGAACUUAAAAAACAGGUAGAGAAAGACGAAGAAGAUGUUAAAGGUUUAAUGAAUCAAGGAAAAUAUAUAGAUGCUCAGAUUUCAGAAACAGAAAAGAGUUUGAAAGAAUUAGUGAUCACAAAGAAAUAA